AUGGAACUUGUAGAGGACAAGUCUCUUCACCAAACAGACUCUACUGAUGACCCGAGCUCUAAGCGAGAAUCUGGCACUUCCUUUUACAGUAUGCGAGCGAAGGAGUUCGUCGAGUUACAUGACCAAGUUCAGACAAGCGUGAAUCUUCUUGACUCCCUGGAAUCCUUUCUGUCAACCUUUCAGAAAGAUCUUUCCGCUGUAUCAGGACAGAUAUCUGAACUUCAAGAUAGAAGUAACGACAUAGACGACAGGCUUAAAAGCCGUCGGAAAAUUGAGAAACCACUGUCGAACCUCAUUACAGACAUCAUCAUACCUCCUAUGCUUGCUACAACGAUACUCGAUUCCGAUGUAUCCGAACUUUGGAUUUCUACUAUUGAAGAGUUUGAGCGGCAUCUAGAGAUGAUUAGAGGCCGAGCACGCGUUAAGGCUGCGAGGGAUCUCGGGGAGGUAGCAGAAGGAUUGAGAAUAGUAGCCUCGACUAAAAUACGAGCUUUCUUUCUCGCUCUAGUACAGCCCAUAAGACGUAGCGUCACAACAAAUAUGCAGGUCCUGCAAACAUCUGUUUUUCUCAAGUACCGCUCGUUAUUCGCGUUUCUGCAGCGUCAGGCCCCACCCGUUGCUAAUGAAGUCCAGCGAGCAUACAUCGGAGUUGCUCGGACAUAUUAUGAGACUGGCUUCAGGCGCUACAUUCGGAGUCUGAGUUGGAUAAAAAGCCGACAGGUCGAAAAAUUUGAGGCAAUUGUAUCUGGCCAGUGGUUAACACUUGGAGACCAAAACCGUUUGUCGAAUUCGAGGCUUGAUGGUCCUAGUGUCACUCUGGCGUAUAUGGCUGAUGAUAGAACUCAUAAAGAGCCUCUCGAAGCGCUCCUUCGCUCCCUCCUACUUGUAUUCAUGGACAAUGCGACAACAGAGUAUACCUUUCUCCAAAGCUUUUUCUCUGUGGCCUCCGUCACCCCGACCGCUAUACCUAUACCUACAUCUCACAUGGGGCCACUAACUCCCACGGGAACGGAUGAAGGUUUUCGAAGUCGAGCCAAUAGCAUUGUUAACCCGAACACAUCUGUCGAGCCGCUCAAGACCACACAGGCGAAGACUGACGCCCUGUGGAAGCAGGUCUUCGAACCGGUCAUGAGUUAUGUUCAGACGUUCGUUCAAUCCACCUUGGAACCACCUCCGACCGUGACUACCCUGUUGACCAUGAUACGUUUGGCAGAAAAUGUCGUCACAGAGAUGGAACACCGCGGUUGUCCUCCUGCAGUGACUUUUGUUUUCGGGCUGCGGUUACAAUUAUGGCCAUUGUUUCAGAAACUCAUGAGCGAACAUAUCGAAUCUCUCAAGAAACUCGCAGAAGGUUCAGGUGGAGGCUACUUCAGCCGUGCAGCGGUGGCUAGCGAGGCUACUGUAAAAUCUAUGUGUCAACGGUACAUAUAUCUUUUCGGUGCCUUUGUGACUUUGACUGUGCAGGAGGAAGAAAAUAUGAUAUUUUCCAACCUUUUGCGACUGCGACAAGAACUCCACAAGUUGAUUGAGAAGCAUACAAGUCAAGUCAGUGAUCCAAUUUCCAGAGCUACCGUGCUGUCCAGCAUGUAUGAAAUACUUCUGCAGGGACUAAAUAAGGGGCUUCAGUCGGUCGCUCACCCCAAAUCUCAACAAGAACUGGCGUUUUGGGGGAAGAUGGAGGAGGAAGCCCGUCGGAAAAUUGUCUCUCUUCGCCAAACAGGUAUUCGGCGAUAA